GAUUUGUGGCUGUGGAUACAGAGUUUGUUCGGGAAACAACAUAUUAUUCUCAGCUAUGCCUUAUUCAGGUGGCAGGGCAAAACGAAGAAGCACUCAUUGAUGUUUUAAGCCCUGAUUUAGAGAUGGAUGCUUUGAAAGAAUUGAUGUUUGCACCAAACAUUAUCAAAGUUUUUCAUUCUGCACGCCAGGAUUUGGAAAUUUUCUACACCUUAUGGGGAAAAGUUCCAGAGCCUCUGUUUGAUACACAAAUUGCGGCACAAGUUUGUGGUUUUGCUGAAUCGGUAGGGUAUGAGUCUUUGGUCAACAAUUACCUGAAAGAAGCCUUAGAUAAAUCUUCCCGUUUAACGGAUUGGUCUAAACGUCCCUUAACGGAUCGUCAGAAAUCUUAUGCUCUUUCUGACGUUACACACCUACGCCAUAUCUAUAAAAAAAUGAUUCAACAGCUGGAUCAAAAGGAUCGUCGGGAUUGGGUGAAGGAAGAUAUGGAGGCUUUAAACAAUCCAAAGCUCUACUUCACGGAUCCUGAAGAGGCUUGGAAAAAAGUAAAAGCAAGAGUGAGUGAUCCGCGCAUUUUGGCGCGCAUUCGCGAAAUUGCUAAAGUGCGAGAAACGUAUGCCCAGGAAAAUAAUAUUGCUCGGAAACGUGUUCUUCAGGAUGAAAAUGUGGUUGAUAUUGCAGUGCAACGACCUAAAG